GGAAAGUAUCAUUGGCACGCAGAGCUCAACUCUUCCCAGACAAACUUUCGCUGCCGAGGUACGAGCACAACACCGUUGCUUCUGAUCCCGAACGCAGACGGUCUGCUAUGAGAAGAUGUCCUUGAACGACGUGUACGUGUUCCGGCCGUUCAAACUGAUCGCUCUUCUCUGCGUGUUUCUCGCGCUUUGCCUGGACAUUGUUGCGCUGUUGAGCCCCGCGUGGGUGACGGCGGAGGGCUACGCGCUGUCUCUGUGGGAGUCAUGCAGGGAGAUCGAGAGCCACUGGAACUGCAUCUCCACCCUCAAAUCUGACUGGCAGAUAGCCACACUGGUGUUGUUAUUAGCAGGGGCAUCAGUGACAUUAGUGGCCUUCCUCAUCGCACUCAUCUCUUUGUGUAAAGACACACACAGGAAGCACUAUCGUAUGGUAGCAGUGAUCCUCUUCACAGCAGUGGUCCUCCAGGCGUGUGCUCUGGUGCUGUAUCCAAUCAAAUUCAUCGAUGGCAAAGUCUUGCAAACGUACCAUGAGUUCAACUGGGGCUAUGGACUGGGCUGGGGUGCCACCAUCUUCAUGCUGGGCGGAGGAAUACUGCUAUGCCUUAGAACAGACAUGUAUGAAGAUGCCAUGUACUGAGGGCUCCAAUACUUUACACAAACACGCUCAAACACUACAUGCUGUCACAGCAAAAAAGAAUCCAGUAUCUAUUACGCAAUUCUGUACAAACAUUCCCACAGACUCGUAUACGUAUAUACAUAGAUCUGUUCACAUUGCAGACACACACAUACUGCAUUCAACACAAGGCUGUGUUCCAAUUUGCAUGCUUGUAUAAUGGACCACUAAAGGUUUGUACUUUGCUGGGGAUGGAAAAGUGCAUACAUUUUAGUUGUAGUAAGACAGUAUGGCAGUAUUGGGACAUAAAUGACUUGUGUUUUCUAGCAUUUUUUGUCUACAUUAACAUUUAAAGGAAUAGUUUGCCCAAAGAUAAUUUACUCACACUUAUGCCGUCUCAAACUCGUAUGACUUCCUUUCUUGUGCAGAACACAAACAAUGAGCUAUAAUGUGAAUAUAUCUAUACAAUGCAAGUCAAUGGGGUCUACAACUUCCAUAUGAAGCUCAAAUACACUUCCUCGUGCUUGAUGGUCUGUUCUCACUCAAAACCAAUCGUAUCGCUUUAGAAGACAUGGAUUAUACAUCUCGAGUCGUAUGGAUUACCUUUUAUGCUGCCUUUAUGUCCAUUUUGGAGCUUGAAAGUGUCCAAUGGUCCACCCCAUUGACUUUUUAUGGAUAUAAACACAUAAUAUCUCCAUCAAAAUAACUUUCUUUGUGUUCUGCAGAAGAAAGAAAGUCGUACGAGUUUGAGACGGAAUAAGGGUGAGUAAAAAAGUAAAGAUCUGUUUGAAAAUGUUUUUUUUUUAUUUAUUUGUUUUAUUCUGUUUGGUGAUGCUAGUGAAACAGAAAUUACACACUUAAACGGUUAGUUCUCCCAAAAAUGAAAAUUAUACCAUAAUUUACUCACCCUCAAGCCAUCCUAGGUGUAUAAGACUUUCUGUAUAAGACCCUUCAUCACUUCUCACCGGAGCUUAUGCUACGACUAUGUCAAAUGCCGGAACUCGACUCUCUUGUGAACGUGCGGACGGCUGUUACUGGAAGCCAGUGAUUAUAGUUUAUAAAGUUAUAAAUAUGGAUAUUUUUCUUAAAAAAUGCAUCGCUUCAUUUCAGAAGGCCUUUAUUAACCCCCUGGAGCCAUAUAAAACUGAUUACUGAUAAAUGGAUGUGCUUUUUUGGACUUCAAAAUCUAAGGUCCCAUUAUAAAGAUUGGAAGAGCCAGGAUAUAUUUUAAUAUAACACCGAUUGUGUUUGGCUGAAAGAAGGAAGUCAUAUACACCUAGGAUCAUUUGAGGGUGAGUAAAUUAUGGAAUAAUUUUCAUUUUUGAGUGAAAAAUGAAUAACCCUUUAACCUUUAGGUUCAUAGAUUUAAAUGCACCGUUUUUGUUUUUUGCUACAGACAGUCAUUUAAGAGUAUUUGCAAAAUUGCACAAAAUGUAAUGAGAAAUAUCAGCCUAAAAAGCUUGAUGCUGACACAAAAAAACUGAUGAACAUGAUUUAAAAAUCCACUGGAAAACCCAGGCGUUUCAACUUAGGCUACUAUGAUUUUGGAUGCAUUCAUUCUUAUCUCGCAUACUAGGACAGAUGUUAUGCAACUUGGGACGCAGCCAUAUACACUUACACAAAUACACACACUCUAGCGUCUUACUCUGUUGCACAUCUACAGAGUGUGUAGGCCUAAAUUUAGCAUGACAGGCUGGUGCUAUGAGCGCCAAGACAGUAUGAAGUAUGAAGAACAGCUGUGUGAACUGGACUGCAGGUAUUAUAGAAGGAUUCCUGAUGGACGUAUAAAGAGACGGGAAUGUGCCAUGCCCUCUUAGUUUGGCCCUUGACAAAGAUGAAAAACCUUUCUGGAACAAGUUCUCGAGAGAUUUGAUUUCUUUAUGAAGAAGAAUACAGCAUAGUUCCUUUUGGCAUUUUGUAUAUUUCUAGUGUUGCACUAUCUGAUAGAGGACAUAUCAUCAUGUUAUAUAGUAUUCAUAAAGUAUGUCAUUUUAGAUUUAAAGGAUAUAUUUUAUGUUCUGUUGUUUUGAUAUUUGCAGUUUUUGAAAUACUAUCUUUAUUUGGGGGGAGGAGACCUUUACUGAAGCUUUACUACUUAAACAUAUCAGUUUCCUUCAUUUUAAAAGAAUAAUAAAAGUACUGUUGAA